UCGUUGAAGAAGUCUACGUAUACCUACUAUACUAACUGUAGUUGUACUACUGCGUCGUAGCUAAACUCCUUGUAAAUGCAUCUGUUCAUUGACGGGGCAGGAGGUAUUUCACAUUCAGCUGUAUGUCCUGGUCUCUUGGUGGAGUAGUAAUUGUAUAGAAAUACCGAAUACGUAUGUAGAAUAGAUUAGUGUGCUUGUGAUGUGAAUGCUGCGUACGCGUAUUGUGUGUUGUUCGUUCUGUUCUACCUAAAUACAAACUAUCGGCAGAGCAGGAGAACAGUGUGUUCGAUAAUUUCGUAAAUCAAUAUUCGAAGUAUUUUUCGAUAGCCUAACGGUACCAGGAAUUUAUCGGGCAUCUGUGACAUUUGCCAUUAAAAUGAAUCCACUUGAACGUAACGAGACAUCGUUGGGAGAACUUUUGAGUGAUGAGGAAACACCGAUCGUUAGAUCCCAGGCUAAUCGCGAAGGCUUUUUUGCUCAAAGUGCUUCCACCUCAUCACAGUACAAUCCUGUUGGUAAUAUUGCUGGGGGCGAACAACCGCUGUCCGGAUACAUUGAAACGAAUCCUUGUCAACGUAAUGACAAUCAGAUACAGACAGCGUUGCAAAAACUUUUGAGUGACCAAACUAAUGAUGAAACAUCAAGCGUUAGAUCCCAGGCUAAUCGUGGAGGCAUUUCUACACCUAAUUCUUCCACCUCAUCACAGGGCAAUCCUGUUAGUAACAUUGCCGGGGGUGAACAACUACUGUUCGGAUCCGAGUGCAGAUGCCAAGACAAACCUUUAAAUGAUUUGUUGGAUCAAAUACUAUUUGGAAAGCCUAUCGCUAAUGAACCAGAUGAUGUCGGAUCUCAGAUUUAUUGCAGACGCAUUACUGCACUUUCAACUUCACUUCAGGAAAAUCAACCACGAUCACCGAUCAAUCAAUCAACGACGAAUAUCCCUGAUCAAUUAUUCAAGGAUUGUUCUAUUACAAAUUUGCUUCCAUCUCAUAGCAAUGCCCAAAUGGUUUAUGGACCAGAUAAUCCUACUAGGCGAUUUUCGUCUGCUUACGAAGGCUCAAUACCUCGUAACAAUGCCCGAACCGCUCAUGGACCAUACCAGCAUAUCCAAUUUCCGUCUACUUUCAAAGACUCAACACCUUAUAACAAUGUCCAAACCGCUUAUGGACCAAAUACGCCCAUCGGAUUAUCAGCUACUCAUAAAUACUCAACUGCAGCUUCGCGUUCAUCUCACGGUCCGAAAAGUCCGUCUGUUUUUUCUGAACAAGGACGAUCCAUCAAUCAACCAACGAUCACAAAUACCCCGAAUGCCGAUAAAUCAGCCUUGUUAUGGCGUAAAUUAGAUUUUUCUAUUCAAAUGAUCGCCUCGUUAGAAUCCGUGAAUGGAGUUGAUGCGAUUGAAGCUGAUAUCAGGUACAAUCAUCUUACUGGUCUUUACCAAUCGUUCGUGUCAAAUGUAGAUGAAAUCAUGCACCAUGUCCAUGUCCCAAGUGCCGAUUUCAAUCGCUUGAUCAAAGCUGCCAAAGAAAUGCAACAAAGAGUAAUUUCUAUUCAGGUAUCGUUGAAAAAAAUAAUAUUGAACGUGUCACCGUCUUCUACCGCAUCCAAGGUGAACGAUCAAACUGAUAGAACGACAACUGAAAGACACGAUUUUAAAACCGUACCGAAUUCGCAAGCUUCAACAUCACGCAAUCGUUCAUUUGCAAAGGUGUUAGAAUCGGUAUCGAAAUCAACCAGAUAUGGGCAAAACGAUCUUGCAAAAUCAGAUAGUGAUCCCGUUGUGACUAAAAAAGCACGAACUGAUGCAGACGUUUCCACUGAACAAAUGCUCAAACCGGAUCAAUCAAGUACUGAACUUCCUUCUAAUAUCACAGGAGGCGAUUCAACUCGUAAAAAUAUCGAGCGGGGAAAAUCAAACGAUGAACCUGCUGUAGCAGAAACGGCUCAACACAAUGAUUUGGUAAAUAAAACCAAAUCCAUGAGUCUAGAUGAUACAUUUUCAAAAUCAAUGGAAACGAAUGACCAAGCAAAUCAAACUACACAGCCUGAAAACAAUGCUCAGGCUAUAUUAGCGUGUGUAGAGAAACAGAAAGUGUUGCUGAAUGCGCUUAAAUUGAUGGAAUCAUUACGUGGUCCUGGGGACUGGAAAAUGGCUGCAGAACAAGCUUUAUCUCUUCACCAAUCGUUCAUUUCAAAUCAGAAUGAAUUCGAAAAGUAUCUCAACCCCUCGCAUCGGAAAUUGGAGCAAGAUUUUACUCAUAAAGUUGUUAACAGACUUAGAGUACUCCAGUUGAACUUGAAAUUGUUUGAUGCUCGACAGUCAUUCAGUCAACGUAAGUCAGAAAUGUUUGAAAAAAUAUAGCUAUAACCUACAUAAGUAUUCGGUGAGUAGAUAUUGUAAAAUAUUGAAAAGUAAGAACCUAUUUAUGAUUCAGUUCUUACUUCAUUCUAUACUUAAUAGUAACUUCAAACAUCACUCAUUUUGGAAACAGUUCUCGAGUCAGGGACGAAACUCAAGAGGGGCCCACACUUGUCAAAUUUUGAUGAAGUUGGCAAAUUUUGACAGUCUGCAAAUUUAAAAAAAUCUAGACUUAUAACUUAAUAAAGAAGUUAUUUUGCCGACUUUUUUGGAACUUGAACUACGUUUUUUUAAAAGCUUAUGCCCUAAAAAAAUACCAAUAAUUUACUUCUUGAAUUAUAAAUUUUUGAAAACUUCGAUCCUCGUUCUCUCAAGCCUGUUAUUUUUUCUUUUUCAAAAUCAAAUUUUCUAAAAAUCUAUUAUUCGCAAUUCGCACUCGAAAAAUGUUUAAAUCAAAAAAUAAAAUCCUCACAUAAAAAAAUCAAAAGCUCCUUCGCCUAUCAAAAUACGAAUUUUUGAAAGCUUUUCCUAUCAGUUCUUUAGAGCCUGUUUGUUUUUUCCCCUUCAAAUUUGGAAUUUCUAAAAAAUCAUCAUUCAAAUUCUAAAAUUUUGAAUCCGAAAAAAUCAAACUAUUCACAGGGUCAUUCCACGUCAAUUGAACCAAGAAGUGAUAGGGGGUUCGGCG